AUGAACGUACUCGAGCAGGUCCAACGGGGCCAGGAGCGCGCGCGGGACGCGGCCGGCGCCGCUCUCGAUCGCCAGCGUCAGGGCGCGGUAGUGGGACCUCGUGAAGUGCGCCCGUUCGGCCGGGGAGAGAUCGCUGCGGGACGGGAGAAGAAGCAGCAGCCCGUCGUCGUCGUCGUGUGUGGAAGCGCGGACGACGCAGGCUUCGAAGUGGGCGCAGGUCAUGGAGGCCAGGGUGUGGUUGUCGACGAUGCGUUGGGCGGGGGACAUGGUGCGCUGGGGGGAGGCGGGCGGGUAGAGGCGGGUGCGGGCGCGGUGUUGGGCGGCGGCCAGCUCGCGGGCUUGGGGGAAGCAUUCUAUGAUGUGGGGGAGGAUGGCGGUGGGGUGGGCGAGCCAGACGUUUCGCAGGCGGUGGGAGGUCUGGCUCAAGGCGGACGCGGUGGCGAAGCGGUCGACGGAUUGGAAGAUGUGGACGAUGAGCUCCGUCGGUAG